AUGCUGUGCGCCCUGAUUCUCUUCAUAGCGUUCUUCCUUAUCGGCUUGGCCCUGGUGAUCCCGGGAGCCGUGCUGGUCACUCAGAACCCUGCAUCCCUCAGAACGUCAUUCAGUGAUUCUGAAGUGGACCAGAAGAUCAUAGCCAGUCCGUAUGUAGUCCCUUGGAAUCUUAAUAUUACUUUGCGUCUUCAAAUUCUUAAGGGCGAUUCGAUGACUCAUAUCCCUUGCCGAUCUACUUAGCCAGGUUUCAUGACAGAAUGUAAAAGCAGCCUGAUUUUGCGUAAAUCCAUGAAUAUUUUUAAACAGUCUGCAACGAAUACCCCGGUUAAUAGUAGCCCAGUAUACAGUCAUCGAAGUGCAGAAUUAAGAAAGCUUUUUUCCUUUUUAGCAAAUCCACUGGAGGCUAUGUCCUUCUUGUUUUGGGCAUAAUCUUCCUCUUCAUUUCAAUCUCCAUUGGCUUUUGUGCAGCGGGUUUUUUCGUCAGUAGUCGCCGUGACUAA